CUGCUUCUACUGCAUACUUUAUCCAUCGUGUAACAUAUCCCUUCUGUUUGGAGAUAUCGUCUUCGAGCGCUGUAAAUGUCAUCGACUAACUGCGAAGCAAUCUAGAAUCAUGUCUGUAUAUGCAAAAUUAGUUCAAGCCAUUAUUUUCGGUCAUUUUCUGCUAACCUGCAUUCACGCUCUUUCAACCGAAGACAAUGUCAUUGCCUGCAGUCCUUUAGAAGUAACUGGUAAGAGUAGAGAUAAUACGAUGUUUAUGAAAGGCAUAUUUGCAUGCGCGUCGUUGAUUUGUAGUUUAACAAUUCAAUAUGGAAGACGAAAGAAAAUCGCGAUGGAACUUAAAACAUCAAGUUAUUAUGGAGAAAAACAAAAAAUGGAAAAAUAUCAGCUGUUAAUGUUUUUUCACAUUAUAUAUUUCUAUUGUAUUGUAUUUGGUAUAGCUGUUUUUAACAGCUCAUUAAUUAUCCGACGUUUCGAAAAUCGAUCAAGCUAUACCAGGGCUUUCCUCUGCGUUGUAUACAAUAUAAUAUACACUGUAUUCGAAUUGUCUGUAUGGAUAUGGUUUCUAACCGUUGCUCUGAUAAUUGGAAUAGCAGUUAAAAAGAGAUUUGAUGCUUUGUCUCUCCAAUUACAACAAGCCAAUUCAAUACGGCUCGAAAGAAAUAUUAACGAAAUCAUUUUUAAGCACUUGGAACUAUGCGAUUUCCUUCAACAGAUAAAUGACAAAUGGAAUGAAUUCAUAUUUAUUGGAUACGGAAUAAUUUUGUUUUGUAUGUCACUUCUCAUUUACAACACUAUCUUUGGGGGUUUAUCAUUUCAUAUGUAUAUGUAUAUUUCCAUUUGUAUUUAUACCAUAAUUGGCAUUACUCUCGGCAUUAUUGGUUCUUUUGCCGUUGCUCGACUUUGUGCAUCAGCUUAUGACUCGUUUCAAGAAAUAAGAAAGUUGGGAGCUGCUAUUUUACCACUUGAAACUAAACUUAAAAUGUUGAACUUCAUGAAGAAAUUUCAAAGGAAGAAUAUUGGACUUAGUUGUGGCGAUUGUUUUGUAUUUUCAAAACAAACUCCUGUACAGACAUAUAAAGCUUUGUAUAGCGUAUUUAACAUGCUACUACAAAUUCGAGAUGUUUACUUUAAAGAACGUCGAUCCUGCAAAGUUGAAACUCCUCUUUUACUUCUACAUUCUAACAAUACUACUGUUAGCACUUGAAAUUCUAAAAAAAUUACUUCAGUAAAUUUGUACUAGCGAGUUUAAUUACUUAAAGUUGUGAGUUCCCUUUUUGGUUAAGUAUUGUCUAGUGAUUACUCUUAAUUAAAUGUUAUAAAACAACAAUGGAAAUCUGUCAUUAUUAACUAUUAUUAUUACAAAGGUAGAAGCAUAAGUUUGUAGUAGUUGUAUUGUGCUACUAGAACUACUACAACUGUAUUCGUUUAAAUGGUAAAACAUGAGAGUAGUACACCUAUUUUAUUCACCACAGUGUAAUCAUUUUGAAUUCAAUACUUCUAGAAAUAUCGAGUAAUAGUUUAAUAUGGAAUGAAGCUUUUACACUGAUCACAUGAUCGAAUUGUUUGUUUAUUCAUUUUUUAAAAUUACUAUUUGUAAAUUCUUUGUAUAAAUAUUAUGAAGCCGGAAAAAUAAAUUUAAUUGUU